GUCCUUUACCCCGUACGCCAGCUGCUAGUACUCCAGCGGCAGUUCAUAAAUCUAUACCUUCCAGUAGCCCAUGAUCACCGGCUUGUCCAGAAAGUUUGGGGUGCAUUUGAUAGCAUUUGCGAGAGGUCGCGAACUGGAUCCUGGAUGGUAGUGGAGACCUCCGUCAAGGAUUUCUCGCAAUCAGAGGACGAACUCAUGUGGUCGAAAUCCACAAAGCCCCUUUGGAAAUGCGAAUCCUGCAUGGCCGCGACUGUCUAUAAGACCAGAUCGGAUGUGAUUACGCAUUUAGGUCACGCACAUAGGGACCUAGCGUGGUCGGAGAAUUCCAAGACCAGUGAGCGAAUCGUCCAUCAUCUCUUGAUCCGAGAAGAUGCCGAUGUGCGGAAUAUCUGGAAACUAGAAGAGAUGGUCUCCCUCAUGAACUACAGCAUUACCCUGUUUGAAUCGUUGUUUAUCAAAGCCAAGAGUUUACAGGACGGCGUGACGGACACGCAUCUGGGGAAACCGGACCGUUAUCAACUCCCGCCGAAGGUCGUACAAUCCUUCGAACGGAACGUUCUAUUCGUCGCCGAAUUAGCACGAUGUCUAAAAAAUAUCCGUGGGAGCUACCGAAAAUGGCAUCCCAAAUUAUGGAAACGCCCGGGCCAAAUUCUCAACGAACUAUGGCCACAGGUCUACAAUCGAGCGGCAGAAAUUCGAUAUUUGCUUGACGGAGCCGAGACAGACUUGGUCUUGAUGAAUCGGACAGAUGCGGAUCGAAAUAGUGUAAGCCUAGCAUCAGUUGGACCAGAGUUUAUUAUCGGAAUCAUUUUCCGAACCUUGCGGUCACAAGUGUUGUACGAAGACAAAGAUGUCAUGGACGUGUAUCGUUCGUUUGCAGAAAAACUGAACAUCGAAGUCAACCAGCGCCCUCGAAAGAAACUUCUUCUCGAUGUCAACAGGCUGCAAGAAGAGUUCGAGGCCGUGAAGAAAACGACCGAGGGACAGUCGAUCGCGCUAGAAAAGCUCGCCAUGCUGCUGACCCAAAUAACGAUUGGGCUCCCAUUUGCCGAUAGAACACGAAGCCAUCGCUUCCAAUAUGAGAACGCGCUUCUCAACAAAGAAGGCGACGAGCUCUGGAAUUGGCUGCAGGAAUUACAAGCCUGGGAUGCGAGAAUGUGUCGCCUUCGAAAUCAAAUCCGCCAAAGUAUUGAGAUUCUCGAAGAAGGGCAUGGAAAAGCCAUUCUAGUCUUCACUACAGUGACUAUUGUGUUCCUUCCGCUGUCGUUCAUUUCCAGCUUUUUCGGGAUGAAUACUGCCGACAUUCGGAAUCUUGACAAUUCGCAGACAAUCUUCUAGAUGACCGCCGUUCCUAUUACGCUGAUUAUUGUUCUAAUUUCUCUCAUUAUAGCGUUCAAAGGUGAUGCGAUUGGGGAGCGGCUUGGACAAACAUCGACCUCGGCCGGGAAGUGUCUUCGGCGUCAAAGGUAUGCCGCCUCCCAAUGGAUCAAGUCGAGAUGGACGGCGAAAAGACGGAAUUUGAGAGAGUUUGGCGGGGAAUUACCGAUGUACUCAGAGAACGACGAUCCGCUGCCGCCUGCCCGACGGGCAACCGACCUUUCGGCACACUCGACGAUCAAUGUGUUUGACUAUGAAGUAUUAGACGUUGAAAAUGAGUGAUAGACGGAUCGGCAAACACGUCAGAAGCCCCGCCGGCCCGAGCCUUUAGCCUUUGCUGCGCACCUGCCAAGCCCCCGGGUUGCUUGCCAACCUUUCAAUUUCCUGGGAUAUUUCCGGGUUUGCUCCUGGACUGCUUCACAGCCAUCCCAUUGGUAGCGGAAC